UCUCGUGCGAGGCAACAGAGACCAGCAGGCGGCUCCGGGCUCGCGCUCGCUAUCCGGUUGUCAAGGCGCUCGGAGCAGUUGAGACUUUCUUCUCGCCGCGGCCGGACGCUCUCAGCCCGGCUCUCCGGCUCUCUGCCUCCGUUCCCCCGGAUUGUUUGGAUUUCUUUGUUUCGCUGUCACUGACGGACACCCCGCAGCUAGCCGAAAACACCGUACUGAACCCUGCCUGCUCUGACGCCGCGUGACUCCAGACUGGCUGAUAGACACUGGAAAAAAAAAAAAAAGUGGACAGAUAAACAGGAGGACAGAAGGAGAAGAACAACCUCUUGUAAAGUGGUGGCCAGAGUGACAAAGGAGCACAUGAGGAGCGGAAACGAAGUGACAUCAACUUCCUGACCGGUAACCUUGCUUUUGCAUCCUACCACGCGCCCAGCAACUCCAGAAGUGGGCGUCAGCAGGAAGGAAACAAGUGACCACUCCUCCUGCAGGCAUGAGGUCAUUCCGCUCAUUUAGUAACGAUGACCGCCACGUGAUGGCGAAGCACUCCACCAUCUACCCCUCCUCUCACGAGCUAGAAGCGGUUCAGACGCUGGUGUCCACCGUGGAGUGCGCCCUCAAACAUGUCUCCGAUUGGCUGGAUCAGAGCAGCGGCGACGUCCACAACCAGUUUGACAGCCAACCAGCAGGCAGCACAGAGGAGGAUGACCCUGGUGAUGAGCCCAGUGAUGAAACCGAGGAGUCCAACGAGUGCUACAGGGAAUCCAGCAGCGGUGGCGUGCUAUGUGGAGUGAUGAGGAUCGGCCUGGUGGCCAAAGGACUCCUGAUCAAAGGGGACAUGGACCUGGAGCUGGUGUUGAUGUGCAGAGACAAACCCACACAGACACUGCUGGACACUGUCUGUCACAAUUUACCCACGCAGAUUGAGAAGCUGACAGAAGAGAAAUAUAAGGUCACGAGCUCCUUGCCCGAGGCGGCCAUCUUGGUACAAACUACAACAGAGCCUAAACUCACACUGAAGAUUACCCUCACCUCACCGGCCAUGAGGGAAGACGAGGAUGAAGACGAAGAAGAGGAGGAGGAGGAAGAGGAGGAGGAAGGGGCGAUGUUAGAGAAUGGGGAGGAAGGAGAGGAGCUGGAGGAGGAGGUGGAGGGAGAAGAGGAGGAGCAGGAAAAGAAAAAUGGUCAAGUGUUGGGUGCUGCUGCGCACAGAGUGGAGGCUGAGGAGGAGGAGGAGGGGGAGGUGCUGGAUAGACACAGAUGUCUGUUGGCCCUGGCAGCGCUGCGACACGCCAAGUGGUUCCAGGCUCGAGUGAAUGGACUCAAGUCCUGCGUUAUCGUUCUCAGGAUACUAAGAGACAUGUGCAAUAGACACCCCGUCUGGGAACCUCUCAAGGGAUGGCCCUUAGAGCUUAUCUGUGAGAAGGCCAUCGCCACCUGCAACAGACCUCUCGGGGCAGGAGAAGCUCUGCGUCGCGUCAUGGAGUGUCUGGCCUCGGGCAUACUGCUACCAGGUGGUCCAGGUUUACACGACCCAUGUGAGAAAGAGCCAACAAACACACUCGCCAACAUGACCGACCAGCAGGCUGAGGCCAUUACCUACAGCGCACAGCAUGCUCUCAGACUCAUGGCGUUCGGGCAGAUCUACAAGGUGUUAGAGAUGGAGCCUCUUCCCUCAAAUAAACCAUCACAGAAAUAUCCCUGGUCUGAUAAAGAAGGCUUGGGUUUGAAGAGGCCAUAUGAGGAUGGAGCGAUGGAUGACAAGGACCUCAUCAAGAAGAUGAAGAGGAAUCUGAGGAAAGUUCUGGACAGCAAAGCCAUAGACUCUAACCAGCCAAUGAACGCCCUGAUGCGAUUGAACCAGAUCCGGCCAGGGCUGCAGUAUCGCCUGCUGUCCCAGUCGGGGCCGGUUCACGCUCCGGUCUUCACCAUGUCGGUGGAUUUGGACGGAACCAUUUAUGAAGCAUCCGGAUCCUCCAAGAAGACCGCCAAGCUGCACGUUGCUGUCAAGGUCCUCCAGGCGAUGGGCUACCCGACAGGCUUCGACUCAGACCUGGACCCCAUGAGUUCAGACGAGAAGUCAGACGGCGAGGGGAAGAGCGAGACGUCCUCACACACAAGCAAUAACCCAACACACUCCUCGGACAGUUCCAACACACUGGAGGUGCGAACUCAGGGUCCCAUUCUGACGGCGAGUGGGAAGAAUCCUGUCAUGGAGUUAAACGAGAAGAGACGAGGCCUCAAAUACGAGCUCAUCUCUGAAAGUGGAGGCAGCCAUGACAAACGCUUUGUUAUGGAGGUGGAGGUUGAUGGACAGAAGUUCCGUGGGGCAGGUCCCAACAAAAAGGUAGCAAAGGCCAGCGCUGCUCUAGCGGCUCUGGAAAAACUCUUCUCUGGUCCCAAUGCAGCUGCUAACAAGAAAAAGAAGAUAUUGCCUCAGACUAAAGGAGCCCUGGCAGCGGCAGCAGCAGCCUCAGCAGUAGCAGCUCAGGUAGCCAGAGGGAGAGGAAGAGCAGCACUCGCCAGAGGAGCCUUCGUCAGUGCAGCUGCACCUGGAUAUGUCACGCCAGGCUUUGGGACACCGUAUGGCUACAGCCCUGCUGCAGCAGCUGCUCCUGCGUACGGUGGUCUUUUCAUUGACAAUCCUUUCUACCAGCCGCGUACCAUCGCUCCUUUUAUUAUCCAUCUGGGUCCACAGGAUCUGUUCUCUGACUUCUAGAGGCGGCCGCCUGCUGGACUCACUCCUCAAUCUUACCUGUCUGUACUCGCAGGACGGCUGCACACAAGCCCACCUGUUUCUCUGUCUGUCCGAGUGGGCUGCCGCCUUUACUCUCCCAGCCGAUGGAUUCACAGAUUCAGAACAGUUUUUUCGUUUGAUCAGUCCACCGGAGCGACAUUUCUGUCCAACAACAAAGGCAGAAAUGAUGUGACCUACUGACCGAGAGACACAAAAGCUCCUCUCUCUGUUUCCUCCUCUUUGCCCGGAUCACUUUUUCAGAGGGGAGCAACUUUACACGAAGCAAUACUCGGAUUUUACGAGGAAACGUUCAGCUAUGACUGCGCAGGGCUGGGCUGAUCUUUGGUCUUUCUUAUAGCAAUACACCUGAACUCCUCUCUUUGAGCUUACUUACUUGAGAAGAUGUGAAUGUCCGAUGGAGUUUUACCCCAACACAGCAUUGCAAUAGCUCAUUUUGAUUGUAUAUUCAUUGUAUGUGUGUGUACGUGUGGCUAUAACAUGACUAUAUACACAUAUAUGUACGGUGUAUUUCUAUAACGACGUGUUGACAAUAAUAUUAAUAUAUGACGAUGUAUUUAUGUAAAUACUCUAUAAAAUAUAACUAUUGUUGUUAUAAAUUAUUUUAGAAUUAUGAAGUGAAAUGUAACUAAUAUCACAGUAUAGCUUUCUUCCAAUUUUAUAUACACUGAGCAAUUGAAGCUAGUUCUAGGAGAUGCAAUAUUAUCUUUGGUAUUCCUAUUGGUAUUCCUGUGCUGUUAGAAUAAUAAUGCUUCCUUCCUGCCUUCCCUCCUUCCUUCCUUUCCUCUUCUCUAUCUUUGAUGUCUCUCUGAGCCUUUCUGAGCAACUCUCUCUGCUGCCCGAGGUUUGUUUACAUGGCCCGGACCAGAGGUGCUCACUACUCAUAACCCAAUCACACACAAGCUCACACUUUUCCUGUCAGAAAGCACAUUUUCUAUAGUCUCACCGCUGGCAGGGAAUUCUGUUGUUCCAUGUGUGUGUGUAUAGUAUGUGUAUGCUCUGAUGUACGCGCUUCUCCCUCUGACAUUAACAACAAGCAUCGACACCGACGCUAAGUCCCGCUUGCCUUACGGGGACCAAAAAGCACAGCUCACUGGAAGCCAUUCCGGUUGCUUUCAUCCAGCAAACACACAUAUUCGCACAUUCUCUGUGGCCGUUCUCUGCUGUAUGGAAGGAAGGUAUACCUUAAACUACUGGCUAACUAAUUAAAGAUGAAACCCAUUCGGAUUUAAAAGUGGGGCCUUGAACUGGAUGUAUUUGCUAGUCAUCUUUAAGGGAAGAUUAUAGUGUUUUUGCAGCUGGGUUUUUUGGAUAUUUUUGAAGAAUUGAAGAUUCGGAAGCUAGAAAAUCUGAGUAAAGGACAGGAAAGUUUUUUUUGUUGUUGUUCCAGUUCAAUCACAGUGAAGCAGUGACUCAGUUUUUGAAAGUCAAAGCAAUCUUUGGCCCAGUUGCACAAAAAGGAUUGCAAUUGUCAGACUGGUAUAUGGUUUUCGGCAUCGGAAGUGGUGGAAGGAGUAGAGAAAACACCACAAAGCAUCUCGUAAUAUAUUCUUAACUAAGUAUAUUCUAGGGGAAGUGAAAUUAGCUUUUGAGAUGAAAGCGUCUUGUGAAUAAUUACUAGUAGUUGACCGUGUAGUGGUAGUGUUGUGACUUUAACUCUGCUAUAGCAUAUAUUGGAUUUUUUGGGGAGGGGAGGGGGGUGUAGUAAAGCUAUUAAAUGAGUACUUUGAUCAAAUCUCAGAAUCCUCACUCGGCGCUGUGGUGGAUUUCAGCAGUUUCUGCGGCACUUACGUCCUUCUGAAAAGCUCUUCAUCACUGUUAUUUCUUAUUUUUAACCUUUAAUAGAGACGAGGUGUCAGUCAGCGGAGGCGAAAUCGAACAGAAUGUGCAUCAAAAGGCUUUGAUUCUUCUCGCCUUGAUGUGGGCGCCAGUUUGAUCUCCUGUGUUUCUGCCGGCUUUGAUUCAACAAAAAAAAUGACAUCUGAGAAAAAGACGAUACACGCUAACCCUUCCAUAGACAAUUUUUUGACAUAAAUCAGAGUUUUGAGGUGACUAUGAAAAGAUUUUGGCAGCUUUAGUUUAAGAUGGAUGAGAUUAUUACAUCAAGUCAUGACUGAGAGACUUGAGGGUAAACUGAAGGAUGUAUUUACUCUCUAGAUGUAUCUAAGGUUGGGUUGCGCCAACAAAGAUUGGAUUAAUACAAGCUAAACUAGCUUUAAAAUAAUAAAAAGCAACUCUACUUUUCUUCAGGAACCUAAAAGAGAAGUCCAGUUGAUUUUUACUGAAGGUCCUGGGACUACCAUGACCUGGAUGACUAAAAAACUACACAGAUGUAGGUUUAAAACUGCUUUAAAAUUAUACAUUUCUGUGCUGUUUGGGCCUGGAGAGUUUAAAAAAAAGAGGGUAAACCAUUAAGAGCCUCCAUUAGAGAACCAGCUCUUCAGACUCGCUCUUUCCAUAAACACUCACUGACAGUUCAACAACACGUCCUCAUCCGACCUCUGCAAACAUCCAGUCGCAUAAACUCGCAUAAACAGGUUCUCCAGGAGUUGGUGCACUGGUGGUUCAACUGCAUUUCUUUCACUGCCAUGUUUGACAUUUAGGCCAACCCUCAUGUUUGGCUUCCGAAUAGUUUCAUUCCUGAACUGGUAUCUUGAGAGAAAUUUCAGUUGGAUUGAGUCGAGAUCUUAACUUUCUUUGAGGAACGUGACUGUUUUGAUCAACAGUAGUUCAACAUCUUAAUGUUCAUCCAAGAUUGAAGUUAAAAGUUUUGGAUUGAAGAGAUUUCAGUUUAAUCUGUCUUAAAUUUGCAUUAGUUUUUAAGCUUGUUGCAGCAUAAUUUAAGGCUAAAUCAUGACAACAAAUCAGUUUUGGUGCAACCCAGCAUUAGGUCAAGUGUAGACACAAGGUGUUAAAGCCAUUAAUGUUCACACAGCUGGUUUGGCAGCUUCAACAGCUGGACUACUGGUGGUUUAAGGUCCCUUUUGUGUCCAUGAUGUUUCCGUUGACUGCCAGGGAGGAAUCUGUAAAACUUCUAUUAUUCAGUCAUUAGACCUUCUUUUUUUUCAGGCAGCCACUUCCCGGAAAUCCAAACUUUACAGAUCUGCUCAUUUUCACCUACAUAUGUGAAAUAUGUCUUUGCCAGAUUAUACAAGACUAAAUAAAAGUCAUCUCACUUCCCUGACAUGCAGCACAAUGUCAGAUGGGAACUCAGCCGUGGUUCUUUAAGGCUGGAUAAUAACAUAUUCUCCACUUUAAUUGACUGUGGAUCUCUGCAGUGCAUGACUGUUCCUUGCUUUACUACAUCGAGCUUUUUAUGGUGGUUUUCCAUCAAAUAACAGAGCACCUAAAAGUCUAGAAUGAGGAUCAGAGCGAGGCGCUGCUUUGCUUUUCGUUCUCGUGUGGAAAUCACACAGAGGUGAAUACUUUGGAGCUUUGCUGUGUGGAAACAAACAUCCUCUCUCUCCCUCUCCAGAUGGCCCACAUUAAUAAGGCAGACAGUCAUACCUCAGCGAGCAACUUUUUCAUUUCCCCUCAGACUGAGCAGACACACAGGAGGAGUCACCCUGACUACUGACCCCGUCCUCUUGGUCUGUUGGCCGGACGACCGAGUGCAGAGGAAGGCUGAGAAACACAGUCGAGUCUAAAACUGGAGCAGACGGGAAUGUGCAGGAGGUGGCUGAUAGGGUGUUAAUUUACUGGGGAGUUGUUGUCUCCUGCUUAGGCACAAGUCCCAAAUGAGUUUCUUGUUAUGGCUUGCACUGAAAUGUGAGGAGAAUUAAGUUGUAGCGCUGUCUACAAGCCCAUUUGUUUUAUUUUUAACCUGACAAGGAAUCAAAGCUUGUGGUCUAAUUGGGAUUAUCAAGAAAAAAAAAACAUUUUCUUGGUGUUGAUUUUGCAAAAUGUAACAUCUGCUGAACAAACGAACGCUUACUCCUUUCACAAUCCAAUUUGAAAUCCAUUUUUAUCCGGCACAUAGAGAAAUUAAAGGGAGGAGCUGGCUGGGAGUCUUGUUUUUUCCCCAAACUGCUCCAUCAUCAGGCUGAUGACAAUAACUGCCUUUCAUGAAGCGCCUCAGAAUAGAAAACAUUACUGCGACAUGUUUUUUUUUUUCCUGAACGAACACAGUCACAGCGGCCAUGUUGGUCCACAUCUGUGUGGAUAACUCUUCGUGGAUGCUGUUACUUCUCCACAGAAAAGUCUCAAAGCGAUCGGUGUGAAACAGUAAACAGUGGCAGUCAUUGUACACACCCACUCUACAUCUGCAGUUUGAAAAACACUGCCUCUCCCCGGGCCGCUCGACUGAAGCUACACCUGUAAAUCUGAGAAGCACAAAAUACGCACGAGCAAUACACCCACACAUCCUACUCAGGGCUACCUGACACACACACCUGUAUGCAAAAAUACACACACACAUAAGCACACACACAAUCAUACGUGUAAAUAUCUCAGACAACACAAGCACAUCGAGACCACAUGUUCUUCGCUUCAUCGGAUUGUAUGUUUGUGUCGAGACACAUAAGUGGUUGGACCUUGUUCGUACUUUAGGAUUUGAGCCAUGUAUAGCUGAGAAAACACACCAUUUCUUAUCAUGGUGCUUUAUAUCGGGCUGCCUGUAGCACUGUACAUAUAUCGGAUUUUAGAAGCAGCAGUUAACUCGGGCUUUGCUGUCAGAUUUAAAGAGGGAGGAGUGCCGGCAUCAAAACAACAGUUUUUGGCAACAAAUGCGGGAGCUUUGUGUGUUUUAGACGCUGCAGUAUGUUGAGUAGUUCAUGUGAGAGAUUUCGUUGCCCGGUAAGGCAACCUCUUCAUCUCGACGCCAGGCCGAAAAGUCAGAAAGGAAAAGAUGCAUGGGCAUCUCUGAGAAGCUGCACCAAAGACUCUGAAGCCUUUGUUGCGCAAAUCUGAUCAUCUCAGACGUGAGAGUUAAGAUCUGAUAUUCACCGUCUAGACAGCUAUGAAAUGUCAGGUAGAGAAAAAAAGUUCUCCUGUGUGUAAAUCCAGCAUCUGAAGCAGCAUUAUUCCUGCACUGGCACACAGAAAGUUGGGGGUUUCAGUCUGGGGGAUUGUUGCUAAAUUUGUCUGGAAGCAGAGCGAGGAGCAGCAGAGUCCAUCCGUGAACUCUGCAGAGCUGCAGAAAUAGAUCCUGGAUCACGUUUCGGCUGCUGAGGCAAAGUUAACCAGACUAACUGCUGAACAGAUUUUCUCGGGGUGUGUAUUUGUGUCGUGGAGGGGGGUGGGUAUUACACACACAUAUACACACACAUGCACACAAUUUUGCCAUCACUUUGAGCAUGUUGUUGCAAACUUCCUGGUCAUGGUCCACUGAUUGUUCGACACCCUCCUCAUAAAUGAUCAAAGCAUUUUGGUUGGGAAUGUACACUGUUGUUUAGUGAUUGUAGAGUAGAAUGUAUUUACUCAUAGUAAGAGUAAACUUGCUUUUUUGUAGAGAAGCAUAUAUACAGAAUAUAUAUGGAUAAAUACAUAUAUAUACAUCUAUAUAUCUUUUGAGCUACUUGUGUGUGAGGGUUGUUUUUUUGGGCGCAUCUACCCCAUUAGGAAUCAUAUUACUUUCCCCCUUUUUUUCAUUUUUAAUGUUUAAACAAAAGUAGCGUCUUAUGAGUGACAAGUGUUUUUCCUGUAAAUAUGAUUUUUUAAUUUAAUUUUAUUUUUGACAAAAAGGGGAUUUAAAAGAAACAGUUUUACGAUGCUGCCUAUGAAACUAUACAGUGAUACCUGUUCACAGAAUCUAUUUGGUCGGUUCAGUUAUCAAAGUAAAAUCUUGUGACAUGUUAAACGGCCGCUGAUGGUGAAUGAUGAGGGCGAUUCGGCCUCCCUGUAUUGAUCGUUUUGAUUAGUAGCAACAUUCACAGCAGCGAUGAUCUGUGGUUGUCGCUGCUCUUGACAUAACCUAUGCUUGACGAACUGAAAAUAAACCUGAGAAAGUGCUGAAAUCUA